GCCUCAACGGUAGAGACCUUUUUUUCGCGCAAGCUAUAAUUGGCAGUAGAGGAAGCGAAAAUCCAAGCGCCAGCAAUUACAACUUGGGAUGAUAGCUUCAACAACUCUGCCGCCAUGGCAGCCACCGCUUCGAGCUCCUCUGAGACUGACGAGGACGAGGCCCUUAGUAAUCCCUUUGCGGAGAAGUGUUGGCUUCGUUCAGGCCUACCGUCGCGGCGGUGGCAACAACGAUGGUUUUGGCGAGACCUGGGACAAAGUAUGGCGUGGCGCCAACGACGGCUUCGAAAAAUUCGUGUUCGAGGCGAGGAAAACUGCGGAGCGACUUGACAGGCGUUAUUCUGUAUCGCGCCGUGUUAGUUCUGUUGCCCAAUCGGCGGCUGACCGGGCGCGCGAGAUUGAUAGGGAGUUUGGAAUUGGAUUGCGUUGGCGUAAUUUUACAUUGGAUUUUAGCAGAAAUUGGCCAAGGUAUCGGAGGCAACUUAAUGAAUUUAUGGACACGCCAUUAGGAAAAGGUUUUGUGACAAUAUUCUUCCUUUGGUUUGCACUGUCUGGAUGGCUUUUCCGAGUCUUAAUAUUUGCAACAUGGAUACUACCAUUUGCUGGUCCGCUGCUCAUUGGGACUUUUGCCAAUAGCCUCAUAAUAAAGGGUACAUGUCCGGCCUGUAAUAGGGAGUUUGCUGGGUACAAGAACCAAAUUAUUUCUUGCACAGGCUGUGGAAACAUAGUGUGGCAGCCUAAAGGUCAAGGAGAAAACAGAAAAGGUGGUUCUGGUUCGAAGUCACAACCCAACGUCAUUGAUGUCGAGUUUGAGGAGAAAUGAUGAGGUUGGAAGGGAUGGUGAUUCCAUGUCGACACAAAACGAAGAAAGAGUUACCAAGGACCGUAGAUUGAAGAUGUCGAGGUUGUGUGAUCAAGUUCCACAGUAUCCGUGUUCUCUUCUCCCUGGAUAGUUACUGAUGUAGUUUGGCAGCAUUUGUUUGUAGUAUCAAUACAUAUGGUGGUGCAUAAAUGGGAAGUCCAUGUAAAGGUACUUGAAAUACAUUAUCCUCUCUUAUAGCUAUAGAAAUGGUCUUUCUUUGCGAUUUGUUUAUUUCAAACUUAUAACAAAUGUUGCUAAAGCGACACUGAGGCAGUGAAACAUUUUUGGUGUUUCAAUUU